CAUUUUCCUUCUUUUCUCCUUGCUGCUCUCAAACCCUGUAUGGAUAUGAGCAUCCUCUUCAAGCCUCAAUCUUUUGCGCGAACAUUUUUCCAAAAUCACAUCUUUUGCUGAUCUGGGUCUUCGACAGUUGGUGCGGACUAUAGCUUCCACCGCUUUUUGGCCUCAGUUACUUCACUCUGAAACCGUUCAUAGGAACAAACCCAGUUGUUUCUCGCGAUUUUAAUGGCUUCCUGAUUACCAUAAUCAGAUUCUGAGAAAUGGGUUUUUCCUUUUACACUCGUAACGUCGAUGUGUGUUUAUGAGAAAUCUUCACAAGUUGAUCAAAACAAUCUUUGGGAAGUUUGUUUAUUAUGGGUAGAGGUAGAGGAAAAGGGAAGAAGCAAACUUCUAUUGCCACUCGUGAGGAUCCUGAGAGUGGUGAAGAGGGAAAAAUUCCAGCAUUCAGGAGAAGAGGAAGGCCUCAAAAACCAUUUAAGGAUGAAGAAGAAGAAGAAGAAGAAGUAGUAGAUAACGCUGAAAAGACAAAGGAAGAUGGUGAGGAUGCUAAAGGUAAUAUUUCUAGAAAAGAUGUGAAAAACCAGGCUACCGUAGAGAACGGUCGGAAGAGGAAGAGAUCUGCCCAGGUCAAUGAAAAUAUAGAUUCAGUUGGAGUGGAGAAUGGCGUUGGAACAAAAUCAAGCCCUGACGAUUCGCUGAAGUCCGUCGGAUUUCGACAAAAUGGCAGUAGGAGAAAAAACAAGCCUCGACGGGCUGCUGAAGCUGGUUUUGAGUGCAAGUGAGCUUGGAUCAGCUCUAAUGAUGGCUGCGUACCAUCACCCUCGGAGAAGUCACAGUAGAGGGGGUGCCUUGUUAACCUACAUAUGGUUUCCUGUAAUUCCUUUGUUACGUGUUUUUCUUGUUUGUUUUAGUAUCUGGGCUUCUAUUCCUCCUUAUGAAUGAUUUUGAUUGGGAGGUUUUUGGGCAGGUUUUACUUCCAGAAUUUUGCAUGAAUCUAGCGCCUUUAAAAAAAGUUUCGCUACUUUACUGCUAUUUGCCUUCCAUUAUGAGUGACCAGAAGCUUCUAUUCCCCACUGCCAGUGGAUGUUUCUGUUA